GUUCUGUAGCCCAGUGCACAGAGGUCUUUUGGAGCUGCUCUAGGAAGCUUCGCUUAUUUUUCUGUUUAAUUUAAAGCCAGGAAGAACUGGGGGAGAAUGGAAGAACCGGCUACUGUUUAGAGCCAAGGAAGCUUCGCUUAUUUGACUGUCACAAGAACUACCAUCAAUUGUCUACCUCAUGUAUGGGCCAUGGGCCAUUGGGCCAAGCAACUAGUACAUCAACUGCAAGAGUUGAAGAGGCUUCCACAGGCAGACAGGAGUAUCAAUUAUCAACCAGAACAACAACUCCGGCCCAUGGCUCUCUCUCCUUCCUCCUCUGGAUUCUUAUGUAUCUCUGACUCCUAUCUCUCCUAUCUAUCUCCAGAGCUUGCAGCUCUACUACUUUCCCUGCUGGUGCUUCCUUCCCCAGUCUGUCUCCCUCAGUUGUAUCGGACUCGGACCGCAUUGGUUCAGUUCUUGUCCGUGCUUGCUGAUGGUAUUAGUGUGAUCGGUUGCUAACAUUGACCCGCUGAAGGAGACAGCUGAGCAGCUCAUUUUGUCAGAGCACAGUGACCGGUGGUGGAUACUUUACCUAACCAUUCAUCAUAAUCAUAUGUCGACUCACUGUGACAGUGCCUACUCAUUGACGUUCCUAAAGAAACGCUGAAACGUGGCCAGUUCUGUGACCUCAGAGAAUGAAAUCUGACGAGGGUUCUUCAUCUUUGGCAAGCAGUUGUGAAGACUCUGAGAAGCUCGACAUAUAGAGAAGCUAAGCUGAUUCGCAGCAUACCAAGAUUACUGCUGAGGCAGCGACGGACGGGUAUAUCAGUAUCAAACUUUCAUCAGUGGCCUGGUGACUGAGCAUUUUUGCAGCCCUCAUAGUUUCAGUUUGACAGUGCUGUUUCUUUUCCUUUUGCUGAAAUCUUCGUGUCUUUCAGUCUGUGUAAUGUUUGAUUGGACUCCUAAGUACCACGAUCCUGAUGAGCUGGUCGAUGGAUAGAUACUCCCUUUCCCUGCGAAGUGUUCUACGACGGGUGGACUCUCUCGCCUGCUGAUGGGCUAAUGUCAAAGGCACGUGCAGCAGCAGUUGCCCGCCCUGGUUAUGGGUGAUCGUGGCGCACAUGACCGGAGCCUCACUUUGGUGUGGCGUGAGCACGAUGGACGGUGAACAUGAUGCGUUGCGCCGAUCGGAUUCGCCGUUCUUGUGAGAGCAGCUGGUGGUCAAAAGCCUGGAAUUGAUGGAAUUAUCCGAUCAGAUUGGGUGAGCCGGAGGGAGCCCAAAGUUUGCGCCGUCACAAAUCCCAACCAAUCGCCGAGCGAGGCCUCGAGCUGAGCUGCUUGUGUCGAUUGUUAAAUACUAGCUCGCCGCGUACGACACACCAAGCGGGCUGCGGGCGGCGACUCUCUCAUCUGCUCUGCUUCUCCACUCCGCUCCGCCGGCAGCGCGGGCCAUGGCGACGCCAGCGCCGGCGCCCUCCCUCCGCCUCCUCCUGCUGCUACCGCUGCUCACCGUCGCCGGCGCCGCGGUGUCUCACCCAGCGCACGAGUUCUGCGCAGUCGGGGGUGACGCCGCCGGCUGCGGCGGCGGAGGGGACGGCACGAGGAUCCUGAUCAAGGGCGGGACGGUGGUGAACGCGCACCGCGCGGAGGAGGCCGACGUAUACAUCGAGGACGGCGUCGUCGUCGCCGUCCGCUCAAACAUCCCGGUUGGUGCUGAUAAUGUCCGAGUAAUCGACGCAACAGGAAAAUAUGUCAUGCCAGGUGGAAUUGACCCUCACACGCACCUGGAGAUGGAGUUCAUGGGCACCGUGACCAUAGAUGACUUCUUCAGCGGCCAUGCUGCGGCGCUGGCUGGUGGGACGACGAUGCAUAUUGACUUUGUCAUUCCUGUGAACGGCAACUUGACUGCAGGCUUGGAGUCCUACAAGCACAAGGCAGCAAAAGCUGCCAUGGAUUAUGGCUUUCACAUGGCCAUUACAAAGUGGAAUGAUGAGGUUGCAAGGGAAAUGGAAGUGAUGGUUAAGGAACAUGGAAUAAAUUCUUUCAAGUUUUUCAUGGCAUAUAAAGGCUCGUUGAUGGUCACCGAUGACCUCCUCCUGCAAGGCCUACAGAAAUGCAAGUCGCUUGGUGCCCUUGCUAUGGUUCAUGCAGAGAAUGGGGAUGCUGUUGCCGAGGGACAACAGCGGAUGAUUGACCUUGGGAUAACUGGUCCAGAAGGGCAUGCUCUCUCAAGACCUCCAAUUUUAGAAGGAGAAGCAACUGCACGGGCAAUCCGUUUAGCAAAGUUCAUCAAUACGCCACUGUACGUUGUUCAUGUGAUGAGCAUAGACGCGAUGGAUGAGAUUGCCAAAGCUAAAAGAGAAGGGCAGAGAGUCAUAGGUGAACCUGUGGUUUCUGGACUAGUGCUUGAUGAUUCUUGGCUUUGGGAUCCUGACUUCACAAUUGCUUCAAAGUAUGUGAUGAGUCCUCCAAUCCGGGAAGCAGGGCAUGGUAAAGCACUCCAAGCUGCUCUUUCGUCAGGAAUUUUACAGCUUGUAGGUACUGAUCACUGCACAUUCAACUCCACACAGAAAGCUUUUGGUUCUGAUGAUUUUCGGAAGAUUCCCAAUGGUGUAAAUGGUCUUGAGGAACGGAUGCAUAUAAUUUGGGACAGCAUGGUGGAGACUGGCAAAAUUUCUGUAACCGACUAUGUCAGAGUGACAAGCACAGAAUGUGCCAAGAUCUUCAACAUAUUCCCUCGGAAAGGAGCAAUCCUGGAAGGAUCUGACGCAGAUAUCAUAAUCCUGAAUCCUGAAAGGAGCUUUGUGAUGGGUGCUCACACUCACCAUUCGAGGUCCAACACUAAUGUGUACGAGGGCAGGAAAGGAAAGGGAAUGGUGGAAAUCACAAUCUCAAGGGGCCGAGUGGUAUGGGAGGAUGGUGUUCUGAACAUUACACCUGGUUCAGGAAGAUACGUCAUGAUGCCACCUUUCGGCUACGUCUUUGAUGGGAUUCAGAGGUCCGACGCCGCCUACAGAGCUUCCCUCCGAGCCCCUGUACAGCGUGGUAAAGCUAGUGCAUAGCUUAUAGCUAUGACAGCUGUUGAUGCCAUUGACCUGGCAGUAGCCCCCAUCUGAUUCAAGAACGAGUUGCUCCAAGGUGAACACCGUUUGUUCCAUGUGUAUUGUCUAUACAGAACACUUUAUUUAAGAUCAGAUUCAGGAUAGGUAAAGGCCUUAGCUUGCCUAUGUACAUCAAACACAUCUGUGACUUAGAAAAAUUCCUAGUUUUGGUCCAUUUGUGCAACUAGCAAUUUGCUAUUUCAAUAAAUCAUAUUUUCACAUUUAUCA